GUUACAAACUCAAACUAAUUCAAAUUUACUCCUAAAAUCAAGAUUUCUUUCUCCAGCAUUCUCUACUCAUUUUUCUUCUCUCCCAAAUUGGACAAGAUUCAUAUACGUUAAUGGCGAAUUUCGCAUCAAACAGAUCUCCUUCCCCACUUUCAGCAAGGGGUUUCAGAAAUUCGGAGACAAAUACGACCACCAGAAGGAGCUUCAGUGGCAACCCCUUUACCAGACCCAAUGCUGCGGUAAACCCUAGAAGCGUAAAUCCACCUACCCCUGCAAACACCCCUGCUACAACAGAUCAUACGAAAAGAGGUUCAGUACUUCGCAAAAGCACUGGUAGUUCGAUGUUUCAGGAUGGAAAAGAGAAUCACAAAGAUAUAGUUCGUUCACCUGCUAGAUCAUAUGAAAAGAGUUUCAUGGCACCAACGAUCUCAGCUGCUUCAAAGUUCACUCCAUCACCAAGAAAGAAAGUUCUUGGUGAAAAGAAUGAGGUGGUAAGAACUUCGAUCCAGUUCUUGGACAAAGAUUUCGUAAUGAAAUCUGAAGCAAAACCGUUGGAUCAACCUACCAUGACUGAAGAGGAUUCAAAUGAAUCGGUAACCCUUGAACAAAAAGAAGUUGUUCUCGAAACUCCUCCCGUUCGUAAGGUAACUUUCGUUUCGAUUGAUGAUUCUACUGAUGUUACUGAAGAUUUUGAUUUGGUAAAGGUUAGACCUUUCUGUUGUUCUCCACAAACUUCACCUAUCAUUGCCCCUUUUGAUGCCGACCCUCUUCCUCCAUAUGAUCCAAAAAAGAAUUUUCUUUCCCCUAGACCUCAGUUUCUUCGUUACAAACCAAACCCAAGAAUUGAACUUCUACUAAACAAAGUCGAUGGGAAUGAUGGUUAUGGAGAAGAUGCUGUUAUUGGUCUUGAAGAUGACUUUAAUCUUUCUGAUACUUCAUCAGACACCGAAAAAGAAGAAGCAAAACAAAAAGAGGAAGAAGAAGAAGAAGCAAAGCUAAAAGACCAAGAAGAAGAAGAAAAAGAAGAAGCAAAAGUCGAAGAAGAAGAAGAAGAAGAGAAACUAGAAGAUCUAGGCCAUGGUUCAUCAGACAAUUUGUCUAAAAUCAUUUUUGAAGAAAAACAGUCUGAUUCCAAGCUAAAAACAACAUCAAAACCAAUGUUUUUCACAAGAUCAAAGACUAUAUUGUGCAUUUCUGUGAUGUUCCUGGUAGCCUGUUUUUCAGUUUCUUUUACUGAUUCACCACCCAUGGAUUUGCCAAUCUAUAAGGAUGUAAGCUUCUCGGAGAUUUAUGAUGAAUCUUUGAAGUUGGCUGCAUCUGUUAAAGUUUCUUUAGAUGGUUUUGUUGAAAGUCUUGAGCAGUGGUCAAACAUUUUCGUUUCUUACCUCUCCGGCCAGUUAUCCCAUUUUAGUUCAACCCAUAGCUCCACACAGUUCUUUAACUUGACCCCAUCUCCCAUCCAAGAAGAAUGGCAAAUCGUGGCAGAUUAUGCAGAUGUUGAAAAUUUUGAAGAAAUUCAAGAAUUUGAGGAAGAAAUGGAAGAAAACUUUGAGAUGGUGGAAGAAGAAGCGUAUGAAGAACUGGAAGUUGAUGUACAAGAUGAGAUUUUGAUGGAAGACCCAAAUGAGAUUCAACCCAAUGAUGUUAUUUUGGAGAAAAGUUUGAAUCUUGAAGAUGGGUCGAGUGAAAUGGCUGUGAAUGAUCUUAAAAUCGAGUCUAGUUUAGCAGAUGCUAGUGCUGAAUCAGAAACUUUGACCGCUUCGUUGACCAGAUCAGUCAACCCAAUCUAUAUGACUGGUUUUUCCAUAGUGAUAGUUGCCAUGGCAGCUAUUUUUUACUUGAUUAAAAGGAAAUCUAGUGGUACAAUUGCCACUGCACGUGUUACUAAGCUUGAUGCAGAUAAUGAUAAAGAGUUGCAAGAAGAAAGCUCGUGUUCUUCAGAGUCUAGCAUUCAGAAGGGUUACAAGAAGAAACCUAUCAACAACAAAAGAGACUCUUUGGCUUCUUCAUCAGAAUUCUCUAUGGGUUCUGCUUCUUAUGGGAGCUUCACUACGUUUGAAAAAAUUCCCAUUAAGCAUAGAGAUGAAGUGAUUCUGACACCAAUCAGAAGAUCCAGCAGACUGGUGAAAAACUAAGUGACCUUCAUGAUGAUCAUCAUCAAUUGUUGCACCAAUCUUGAUGUGCUGGGAUUGAUUUCUAACUUCAGUUUUAGAUUUGAUUGCGUAUUUGUAGGCUUAGAGUCAUGUUGGUUUGAAAUCAUUUAUCGAUUCUUUCGAAUUCUGCUUCUAAUUCAUAUUUCUCUUUGAGUUAUUGGUUUUUGCUGCAUUU